AUCUGUAGGAGUUUAACUCAACGAAAUUUAUAGCUCUUUAAUUUAGAUAACAAAUUAUAAGUGGAUGAGUUUCAAUGAAAUAACUUACUUUGGAUCCUAGAAAGUUGAUGCAUUACAACGAAGGUGAAUUCCUCGUAAGUAACAAUCUAUGAAAUAAGUUUAAUUACAUCAACCAAUAUUCAAGUUACCUCCUAUCAUUCCCACCCAUACCAAGAAAUCAGUCUCUUAUUCAAAUAUAUUUCAGAUAAAUUAUACGAGAAAAGAGUCAUUUGACGUAGAGUGAUACAAGUCAAAUAUAAUCUAUAUUGUUACUUGGAAAAUACAGAUUCCUAUGAAAGAUAUCUCCAUCCUUUUUCUAACCGAAUCAGUUAAGUGUUAAAAUCACAUGUUAAUUAUAAGUGAGCUAUAUCAUCAUUAAUCAUAUCAAAGUUAUUAGUUUUAACAUAUUAACUACCUCUAUGCAACAUAUAAACCCAUCUUUUUUCUUCUAUAACUGGUUGAAAAUCAUUUUAGAAAAAGGAAAAGAAAGAAAAGAAAGAGAAGAAGGAGAAAAAAGAAAACAAAGAGGAAGAUGCAGGAGCUCCAGCAGAAGAUAAAAAAGAGACAGCAAGUAGUGGAGGCGGUGGUGGUGGUAAACGAGCUCAAAGAGCUACUUCAAAUGUUUUUGGAAUGUUCCCUCAAAAUCAAAUCCAAGAAUUUAAAGAGGCCUUUACGUUGAUCGAUCAAAAUCGUGACGGAUUUAUUGAUAUUGAAGAUUUAAAAGAUAUGUACGCAUCGUUGGGUCGGACACCAACUGAUAAAGAAUUGAAAGAAAUGUUAGAUGAAUCACCUGGUCCAUUGAAUUUCACAAUGUUUAUCAACUUAUUCGGUGAAAAACUAAAUGGUACUGAUCCUGAAGACGCACUACGUAAUGCAUUUGCAAUGUUUGAUCCAGGGAACAAACGAUAUUUGGAAGAAGAAUACAUCAAAGAUCUUUUAGAAAAUAUGGGCGAUAAUUUCUCUGCUGAAGAGAUAAGACAGACGUGGAAAGAAGCUCCAAUUAAAGAAGGCAAAUUGGAUUACGAUGCAUUUGUAAAUCUCAUAAAGAGAGGCAAUCAAGAUAUUUAG